AUGAUUCCUCGUGGCUCGCAGUUUGGUUGUGUGUUUUAUCAUGAAUCGUCAACUGAUGACUAUAAAAUUCUUGGUGCGUUUUUAUGUCAUGGUGGUAACUAUGUUCGAAUUCAUGAGUAUUCUCUGAGUACUGGAAAUUGGAAAAGAAUUGAAAGGGUAGUGUUGAUUCAUGAUACUUUUUACAUGUUCAUUGGAACGGUGUUGAAUUGGGAGAAGGGCAAUCGCAAUCCUGUUAUUGGUUUUGAUUUGAUUACAGAACAAUUUAAGGAAUUGUCGCCGAUGGAUUGGUUGGAGAAGUAUAACUGGCAGAAUAACUUUAACAUUCAUAUGAGACUGCGUUUGUUGGAGUUGAGAGGGUGCUUAUCGUUGCUUUGUACAACAACUUAUUUUUCUAAAGAUGAUGUUUGGACGUUGAAGCACUCUAGUGAUGGGAAUUCCUGGCAUAAAUUGUUCUCUAUCAAUCGUAUUGGUGUCAUAUACUAUUGUUUCUCUGAGACUGGCAAGUGUUUGCUUCCUACUAAGAAGAAACUCAAAGUAUUUGAUCCAAGUCGGGAGACACCAUAA